UACCCUGUUGCAUCAUAAUUAUUUCAUUUCUGAGGGGAAGUCAGAAGCAGCAACAGCAAUAAAAGCAGUGGUUUCUGCCUUGUCUUCCAGAGCAGCAUCAACAGGCAUCUCUACCAUGACACUGCACUGCUUGCAGCUUUUUUUCUUGCUUCUGCUUGGUUCGUGGUGGCCAGACUCAGGGCAACAUGUGGCAGGAGCUGUGAAGGUCAGGGAGCACUAUAUAGCUGCACAGAUCACUAGCUGGACCUACAAACCGGAACCUGAGGAAAAAUCCAGAUUGGAACUUUCAGAUCCUGUAUUUAAGAAAAUCUCUUACAGAGAAUAUGAAGUGGAUUUCAAAAAAGAAAAACCAGCAAAUAAAUUUGCAGGACUUCUGGGACCAACCCUGCGUGCUGAAGUGGGAGAUACUUUAGUAGUUCACCUUAAAAAUAUGGCUGACAAGCCAGUCAGUAUUCAUCCUCAAGGCCUAGUUUACAGCAAAAAUGAAGAAGGCUCCCUGUAUGAUGACAGAACAUCUCCUGAAGAAAAACGAGAUGAUGCUGUACUUCCAGGCCAGCUCUACACAUAUGUGUGGGAUAUAUCAGAAGAAGUUGGUCCAAGAGAAGCUGACCUUCCUUGUCUUACUUACGCUUACUAUUCUCAUGAGAACAUGGCAGUGGAUUUUAACUCUGGUCUGAUUGGAGCACUGCUGAUCUGUAAGAAAGGAAGUCUAAAUGAGGAUGGGUCACAGAAACAUUUUGACAGGGAAUAUGUACUGAUGUUUGGUGUGUUUGAUGAAAACAAGAGUUGGCAAAGAUCGCCAUCAGUCAAGUAUACAAUUAAUGGCUAUGCCGAUGGAACGUUACCAGAUUUAGAGGCUUGUGCAUAUGACAACGUUAGCUGGCAUUUGAUAGGAAUGAGUUCCAAACCAGAAAUCUUCUCCAUUCAUAUCAAUGGCCAGUCCAUGGAGCAAAAACGUCGCCGAGUUUCUGCUGUUAACUUGGUGGGAGGAGCCUCAACCACUGUAAACAUGACAGUGACAGAGGAAGGAAGGUGGCUCAUAUCUUCUCUUGUCCAAAAGCACCUGCAAGCUGGAAUGCACGGUUACCUCACUGUAAGGGACUGUGGGGACAAAGAGGUGAAGAAGAGUCGUCUCUCCUAUAGAGAACGUCUUAUGGUCAAAACCUGGGACUAUUUCAUUGCUGCAGAAGAAGUUACCUGGGAUUAUGCCCCAAGUAUUCCAGACACCCUUGAUAGACACUAUAAAUCACAACACUUGGACAACUUCUCCAAUCUCAUAGGUAAAAGGUAUAAAAAGGCUGUUUUUAGGCAAUACACUGAUGACAGCUUCACUAAACGUCUGGAAAAUCCUCGUCCCAAGGAAACUGGAAUCUUGGGCCCUAUUAUCAGAGCACAGAUCAAUGAUAAAGUCAAAAUUGUAUUCAAAAAUAAGGCCAGUCGACCCUACAGCAUUUAUUUCCAUGGAGUGACACUUGCAAAGAAUGCAGAAGGAGCCGAUUAUCCUCCGGAUCCCACAAGCAAUGACACCCAGAGUAGAGGAGUUGAACCAGGGAAUACAUACACUUAUGAGUGGAAAAUUGCUAAAACAGACCAACCCACUGCACAGGAUGCACAGUGUAUUACAAGGCUGUAUCACAGUGCUGUAAAUAUUGAGAGAGAUAUAGCCUCUGGACUGAUUGGCCCACUUCUGAUUUGUAAAAGUGAAGCACUGACACAAAAAGGUGUGCAGAAAAAGGCAGACGAGGAGCAGCAGGCAAUGUUUGCUGUGUUCGAUGAAAAUAAGAGCUGGUACCUAGAAGAUAAUAUCAAGGAGUACUGCAGCAAUCCAGCCACUGUUAAAAGGGAUGAUCCCAAGUUCUAUAACUCGAACGUAAUGCACACAAUAAAUGGCUAUGUGUCUGACAGCAGUGAAAUCCUUGGAUUUUGCCGAGAUACUGUGGUUCAGUGGCACUUUUUCAGUGUUGGCACUCACGAUGAGAUUGUCUCUGUUCGCCUUGCUGGGCACUCUUUUCUUUAUCAAGGGAAAUAUGAGGAUACAUUGAGCCUUUUCCCAAUGAGCGGAGAAUCGGUCACCGUGGAGAUGGACAAUGCUGGUACUUGGCUUUUGGCAUCCUGGGGCACCCAAGAAAUGAGUUACGGCAUGAGGCUGAGAUUCAGGGAUGCUAAAUGUGACUAUGAGGAAGAUGAAGCAUUUGAUGUUGUGGAUUUAACUCCCACCAAGACUGAAAGAAAGGCAGUUCCCACCUCAGCUGAGGAAGAUGUGCAAGAAAGUGAGGAGGACAAGGAGGAAUCCGAUUAUCAGGAUUACCUGGCUUCUUUUUACUCCAUCCGAAGCUCAAGAAAGGCAGCAGGUGAUGAAGAAAAACAAAAUCUUACAGCACUGGCCUGGGAGCAGUAUGAAGACACUGGUGCCACAAGUUCUGAGGUGGUAGCUGGCUCAGAUCUGACAGCUAUAAAUAGUAGUGGAACAACAAACAACUCUAAGUUCUUAGAAACUCAUAUCACUCCUCUUCUCCCAGUCAAGGCCGAAACAUUCCAGUCAAAUUACACGUCAAUCACAGCAGAAGGGGAUUUAUUUUUAGCUACCACAAGUGAUGGAGAGGCUGACUUGGUAUUUGAGAACAGAAGCCAAAGCAACUAUGAAAUAACUCACAGUAACAUGUCUGCAGGUAACUUGCUGAGCAAUGGGGAAGGCCCAGUGAAUGUUGCAGAAGAGCUUCCAGCUGAUAGAGAGGACAGUAAACCUUUUCCAGGAAAACAUCAAAAGCAAAGCACAGGAGGAGGAAAUUAUACCACUAACAAGAAAAGGAAAAGGCGAAGCUCACUGGCCAUUAAGUUUUACUCUGUCCAAAAGAUGAAUGCCCUGCUAAAUCAUGUCCGAAAUAAAAAUGUCUCCUUUUCUGACAAGACUGAUGCACCUCAUUCUGUGCAGCAUCGAGAAAACACAUCCAAUGAAGCCAUGGUGGGAACUGGCCAGCUGCCAAAUGAAUAUGAUGAUGAUCUGAAAGAGGAGGGAAAGAAGAUGGAAAAUGCCAUGCACACAGUUAACCUGACACUAGAUUUGGACCUCAUAGUAGGAGGUGGGUCUAAUGCAUCCAGCAUUUCUGAACCCAGGAUAUCCAAAGAUAAACCAGCAGAUGUUUUUACUUUAGAAUAUAUGUUAGACAAUACAAGCCCUAAUUCCAGCCCUCCUGUAGUGAAGAACUUACUAGAAACAUCAUUGCCCGGGCCUGGGAAAUAUUCAUCUAAAAUGACUAGUGAGGAAUUUAACUUGGUGUCUGCAAAGAUGAAUUUGGGAUUAGAGGCAAGCUUAGAUAAAUCUGCUGGUAGCAAAUUAAAUCAUCAUGGCAGAAACAGUACAGCAUCCAUAAAUAAAGAGGAUAUGAAGAAGUAUCAAGGGUUCUCACAUCUCAUGGGGGAAAACCAGAAAGGGAGCCACAUGCACCCAACUCAGAAAGGAAAGGAGGGAAACAGCAAUGAUACCUUGACUUCAUUGGGAACCUUCAUCAAGAUCCGAAGGAGAAAGAAGGAAGAUGUAAAAAUUACCUACUUGCUGAGCCCAAGGAGUAGAAACCCCAAAAAGCCCAGCAAUUCCAUGGCAGGGUUCGGCCGUGCGUUGUUUCCGGGUGGGACCAACCACACGGCCGUGCCAUGUUGCACAAACGCCACGGAGGCACCCAGUGAGGUCAGCCAGAGGCUGGAUCUGAGCAGAGCCAGGCACGGAGAGUCGCUGAAUGACACCCUCACCCCACGGCAGUUUCGGCCAUCCAUCACAAUCGGGCUUCCCCGAGCAGAUGGAGACUACGAAUAUGUGAUAGGAGAAUCCUACAAUGACGAAAGCUCGGGUGGGGAAUAUGAGUACCAUUAUGUGAGCUUCGAUGACCCCUACAUGACAGACCCCAAGGUGAACAUCAGCAGGCAGCGUAACCCUGAUGACAUUGCUGAGCACUACCUGCGCAGCAGGGGCAAUGAGAGGAGAUACUACAUCGCAGCUAAAGAGGUCUGCUGGAACUAUGCAGGAUAUAAGAAAAGUACAAUGAGGAAUGACAAAACCUGUAAAGAUGGCAGCAGACGAAAGGUGAUUUUCCAGAGCUAUACAGACAGUACCUUUUCGACUCUUCAGGAUGAAGAUGAAUAUACAGAACAUCUUGGCAUCCUGGGACCAGUUAUUCGGGCUGAAGUGGACGAUGUUAUCCUAGUUCAUUUUAAGAAUCUGGCAUCCAGACCAUACUCCCUCCAUGCCCACGGAGUCUUCUAUGAAAAGUCCUCUGAGGGAAGCAUUUAUGAUGAUGAAUCUACUGCUUGGUUUAAGGAAGAUGAUGAAGUUCAGCCAAAUAACAGCUACAUAUAUGUAUGGUACGCAAACAGGCGAUCGGGUCCUGUGCAGUCAGGAGCAACUUGUCGGUCCUGGAUCUACUACUCCGAUUUAAACCUGGAGAAAGACAUUCAGUCUGGUUUGAUUGGGCCAAUACUGAUCUGUGAAAAAGGAGCCUUCAGCAAAUCAGACAGCAGCAGGACAUAUACCCGAGACUUUUUCUUGCUGUUUAUGGUCUUUGAUGAAGAGAAAAGCUGGUACUUCGACAAACAUUCUGGAAGGCCUUGUAAUGACAAGACACAAGAAAUGCAGCAAUGCCACAAAUUCUAUGCCAUUAAUGGGAUUACCUACAAUUUGCAAGGUUUGAGGAUGUAUGAAGGUGAAACAGUCCGAUGGCACUUGCUGAAUAUGGGUGGGCCAAAAGACAUUCAUGUUGUCCAUUUUCAUGGACAGACUUUCAUAGAACAAGGAAAGCCAGAGCAUCAGCUUGGUACAUACACUCUCCUCCCAGGCUCAUUUAGAACAAUUGAAAUGAAACCACAGAGACCUGGCUGGUGGCUUUUAGACACUGAAGUGGGGGAAUACCAGCAAGCAGGAAUGCAGGCAUCCUAUUUGGUUAUAGAGAAAGAGUGCAGGAUUCCAAUGGGCCUGGCAAGUGGAGUUAUACUUGAUUCGCAGAUCGAUGCUUCACAUCACUUAGACUAUUGGGAACCUAAGUUAGCCCGAUUAAAUAAUUAUGGAACAUACAAUGCUUGGAGUACUACAGUAGAGAAAGAACUCCCUUGGAUCCAGGUGGACUUGCGAAGACAAGUUUUGCUUACUGGGAUACAAACACAGGGAGCCAAGCAGUUUUUUAAGUCCUUGUACAUCCAGAAGUAUUUUCUUCUUUACAGCAAAGACAAGCGGACAUGGAACACCUUCAAAGGAGACAGCUCACCAACAGGAAAGAUUUUUGAAGGUAAUUCCAAUGCCUAUGAGAUAAAAGAGAACAUCAUUGAUCCCCCUAUUAUUGCUAGGUACAUCAGACUCUACCCCACUGAGUUCUACAACAGGCCUACUCUUCGCAUGGAGCUUCUGGGCUGUGAAGUAGAUGGUUGCUCUUUGCCACUUGGAAUGGAAAGUGGAGAAAUCAAGAAUACUCAGAUAACAGCCUCAUCUACUAAGACAUCCUGGUUUAACACAUGGGAUGCUUCACUUGCUCGUCUCAAUCAGAAUGGAAAGAUAAAUGCCUGGCGAGCCAAGGUGAACAACCACCAACAGUGGCUGCAAAUUGAUCUCCUCACAGUUAAGAAGAUCACUGCUAUUGCUACACAGGGGGUCACGUCCAUGUCAGCUGAAAACUUUGUGAAAACCUAUGUUCUUCUGUACAGCAAUGAAGGCUCUGAGUGGAAAUCCUACACUGAGGGUUCAAGCUCGGUGCCAAAGGUUUUCUUGGGUAAUGCAAACAGCAAUGGGCACGUCAAGAAUUUUUUUAACCCACCCAUCUUGUCCAGGUUCAUCCGCAUUGUUCCAAAAACAUGGUACGGUGGGAUUGCCCUUCGGGUAGAGCUCUAUGGCUGUGAUUUUGGUGGGAGUCUGACUGUGAAAAGGACUGACAAGUCUGGGAGCUCUUAACCUGCCAGCAGUCAUCAUGCAGAACAACAUGUUUGUUAAGAAACCCUUAAAACAGUCAUGCUUAGUAGUUUGUAUGUGUGCUUCGUCAAAGGAACAUGAUGUUUUACCAGCAGGAUUGAGAGAUUUCUCUGGCAGGUGUUCCAUUCCUGCAAAUGCACACUUUAGAAAACAGCUUAUUUUUUCUGGGAAGAAAUAGUAGUCCCUUCUGAUUAGUAUUAUGACUUCUUCAUUAUAACCAGUACUCUGUCUUACGUUUUACUUAAUUUUAAGUCCUAAGUCCCAAGAAUGGAGACUCUGCCCUUGAUCCUGAGCCCUAACUAUCCCCAUUUUGUAAUGCUAUUGCAGCACAGAUGAGGAAUAGAAAGCUAUAGCAGGUGGAUGUUCUCCGUACAUAAGGCUGAGAGGGAAAACCAGUGCUGAUUUGGAGCUGUGGUGCUGCAUUCCAGCAGUGCCUUGGUGAGAAAUGAUUGUAGGGGUGGUCUCUCCUCCACAUGUCUGUCACCUACACUGUGGCAAAGGCAGGACAUGUGUCAGCAUUGAGGUAUGUGCAAUCCCUUCUCAGAGAAUGUGUGUUGGCAUUGUUGGUUUGGUUCUUCCACACCCAGCACAUCCGAAUGCUGUGGAUUUCUCAUAAUUCAUCUUAAGUGCCCUGGCAAAGGAAAAGAGGGUCAACAGUGCCUUUCCAGCCCAGAAAUGAGGUCAUGGCAGGUCAUGAAACAGCAAUGGGAGAACCAAAAUGAGAAUUCAGAGCUCCUGAUGCUCAGUCACAUAUACACUCUCAGACUGUUGGGACCGGGAGCUCCCUUGAUGAGGAAAGCUUUGAGAACUGCAGCUGUUCAGUGACACUACAGCCUGGGGGUGGUAGAGGAGGAUUAGAUCAAACUGGGUAAUGGAAACAUCUGCAUCUUUUCUUACAAUUUAACGGUGUUUUCACUAAUGGAAAUAGUCUUGUGCAUAGACUUUACGUGGAUUUUUCCCAGGAUGACUACAUCUGAAAAUAGGUACACAGUCCAUGAACUCAUUAUUUCAGCAGAAUUUUAGCUGAGCUUUCAGUACUGUUCUGGGCUUCUAUCCUGUAAACUGUUUAUUUGCAGCACUUCAAUUAUCACACUAGGUACCAUUUAGCAGGCUGAAUUUUUAAAGUAGUUUUGUCUUUGAACCUUGGAUGGAGUUAGCCAGUUUUAUUUCAGUAGUUUUUCAUUUCUUUCUCUAACAGAACAUGCAUUUUAAAGAGAAGGUAUAGAGCAGGAGUGUGAGCAGGAGAAAAAAGUGUAAAAACUAAACAAAUAUUUUCUUUUUUUUUUUUUUUUACUAUGUCACAAAUUGUUGUAAUUUUCCACUGGAAAAUAAAGGUAAUAUUGUAGCAUAAAAGUCAUCAACAUUUUAUUUUGUAUGCUUGUCUCUACAGUAGUAGCUCUGGUAAUGGCGAAAUUUUGCAACAGGAAACUAAAAUUUUCAGUGCCAAUUAGAAUUAAUUUCAAAUAGUGAAACAGUAUGAAUAAUUGCUUCAUCUUUAAAGGUUGGUUUCUUAGUAUUUUGUAAUGGUGCUUAAUUUAGUUUUGACACUGCCAUGAAAUUGCAACACAAGCCAUAUUCACUAAAAAAAAAAGAAGAAAGAAAUGUAAACUUUGGAUUGAGGUUUUACCUUAGAAAACAGU